GCCAGCGAGAACCGGCGCCACCUCGGCGGAAGGUGGGACCCGUUGUGUCCCCGCCCUGGGGCGGAGUUAUCUGGACCUGGGACCCGCCCUCAACGCCGAAGCCUCUCGGAAGCAAUCGUUCGGGGAGGAAGUUAAGAAGCCCCGAGAGCAAGGCGGCGGAAGUGGCUUCAUCCCCGUACGUCCGUGCGCAUGCGUUAUUCUAUUCCUUUGCCGCCGCUCUGUGGGCGCUGCCUUUUCCGUCUCCGCUUGUAUUCUCCACGCGAGGGGGUGUGUGUACACCUAGUCGUGGUCGCGCCCUCAGCCUCUCUCCUAUUCUUGUGGCUCGCUCACCAUGGCGGGCAUCCUGUUUGAGGAUAUUUUUGAUGUGAAAGAUAUUGACCCGGAGGGCAAGAAGUUUGACCGAGUGUCUCGACUGCAUUGUGAGAGUGAAUCUUUCAAGAUGGACCUCAUCUUAGAUGUGAACAUUCAGAUUUACCCUGUAGACUUGGGUGACAAGUUCCGGUUGGUCAUAGCCAGUACCUUGUAUGAAGAUGGCACCCUGGAUGAUGGUGAAUACAAUCCCACCGAUGACAGGCCUUCCAGGGCUGACCAAUUUGAGUAUGUAAUGUAUGGGAAAGUGUACAGAAUUGAGGGAGAUGAAACUUCUACUGAAGCGGCAACACGUCUCUCUGCCUAUGUGUCCUAUGGGGGCCUGCUCAUGAGGCUGCAGGGUGAUGCCAACAACCUGCAUGGAUUUGAAGUGGAUUCCAGAGUGUAUCUGCUGAUGAAAAAACUGGCCUUCUGAACCAUCCCGGAAGCCAACCUUGCUGCUUAGUCUCUCAGGCCACGGACAGUCGUUCAAGCCUGAGUGGAGUUGCUGUUGUUCACCUGUUCGGGAGGUGCUGGCUUUCUGUCCACUGUGGCUGCAUCUUUAGGUGGUCUGGACUCAAUGGGAAACUGACUAACCUGUGAAAGACCCAGUGGGAGAGCUUAAAGUGAAUCAGAAGUUGUUUUGUGUAUGUGAUUUUUUUUAAUUAAACUUUACUUUUUCAGACACCCUUGCCC